AUGAUUAGAGCAGAGAAAGACUACGAACCGUAUGAUGUGGUUAUUGAAUGCCAACCAUUUGUUCACCAAAUUUACGACCGAUUCAAAGGACAGAUAUGUAACCACUGUUUGACCAAAAGUGAUGAUCUGAAGAAAUGUAUGGCUUGUGAACACAUGUAUUAUUGCGACCGAAACUGUCAGCGCAAUGACUGGCGGGCUGGACAUCGGUAUGAAUGUCAGAUAUUUAAGUGUCACUAUCGUAAGCUUCUGGAGGAACAACAAUUGGCUAUACCAUUGUUACGUCUGUAUUUGAUUAUCAAAGCUGAUCCAGAAAUUGUUCACAAAAUGUAUGACAGUGUUGGCGGACAGCAGAGAUGUUAUACCAAUUUGAUGUCACAUCGCGAAGACAUAGUGCGAGAUAGACUCAAAGUUGGUGUUAUCCAAGACAUCCACAAAAGGUUCAGUUCCUGUGGUGUGGAUCUACCUGUCGAUGAUUUAGUUGAUUUGUUCGGCAAAUUUACCAUCAAUUCAUUUGAAAUGGUCUAUAAGGAUGUCAAUCAAUUGUCUUAUACAUGUGGUAGCGGUUUAUUCAUUGGUGCGUCCGUUUUGGACCACUCGUGUGCGCCCAAUGUCUACGUCCAAUCUGUGGGCAAUAGACUGCGUGUAAUCGCCGAUAAAUAUAUUAUUGCCGGCGACGAGUUGACCACUUAUUAUGUUAAUAUAUCGCUACCAACUGUUACCAGAAAAAUGCUAUUAAAAAAGGGAUAUUAUUUUGAUUGUCAGUGUAGUCGAUGUGAUGACAUUGAUGUCGGUAAUGAUGGUAUUGAUAAUUUGCUAACCUAUAUGAUAAUGAGACAACUGUUAAUGUAA